GCAGAAUCUCGAAAUCCGAAACCCUUUUUUUUUUUUAAUUGAUUUUAUAUCCCCCUGUUUUUUUUUAAAAAAAAAGUCUCUUUUUCAUAAUGUAUAAAUAUCCGUUGAGGAAGUGCGAGAACUGUAAAUGCAUAUGCGUCGUGUGUUACCUUUUCGCUCCUCGCUCCUCUUCACUUCCUUGAAAUUGCACGCUGUAGCUGUAGCUGUAGUACCGGUUUUGAACACGAUUUAUCCGUGUGCUAGUUCGGUUCGAAAUUCAUCUUCAUCUUCACCUAUAUCUUCUUUAUCUUUAUCUUCCGGCAUUGGUUUCGGUCCCGGUUCGAGAAAUAGAAGUAGAAAUUGGACGGCGCUGGUGAAGGGAAAUUACAUUGUGUGGAAUACCCAUAAUCGUGUACCCUUUCCUCAAUUUUCGCAAUCUCGAAGCGCAAAAAUGUCGACGUCGAGUGCGGAUGUGAAAGAGGCGGUUGAUAAGGCGGGGGAGCCGGCAAGUAAGCAAGCGGAAAUAUUGGGAGAGAAUCCAGGGAGGGAAGAAGACGCGCUCCCAAAAUUGAGCGCUGCAGAUUUCAAACUCUAUAAUUCCAUGGCUGAACGCAUGAAUUACUUUCACAACCACUUCCGACAAACCUGGACACUUCUCAAAACCGCUACUGUCAAUAACCAACGACCGCGCAAUCUCUCUCUGCGCCAAUUUCUCCAAACCGGACUUUCCUUCAUCUCCCACCUCGAAGCCCAUCACGGCAUCGAAGAACAACACAUAUUCCCCCUUCUCGCGCGCAAGAUGCCAGAAUUCGCGGCGGGCAAAAAUGCAGCCGAGUUGCUGCGCCAGCAUCGGGAAAUCCACAAGGGGAUGGAUGUCAUGCAGGAAUAUCUGAAGCAGUGCAGGGAUGGCGAGACGGAGUUGAAUUUGAAGGUUUUGGGGGAGAAGAUGGAUGGGUUUGGAGAGGUGUUGUGGAAGCAUUUGGAUCAGGAGGUCGAGACUUUGGGCGCGGAGAAUAUGAGGAGGUAUUGGUCGAGGGAGGAGAUGCGGAGGAUGCCGAUUUGAGGGGUGGGGUGGGGUGGGGUACGGGGGGCUCAGCUCAGGGGAGGAGAGAUUUAGCGAGGGAUGGGAAAGGGGGUUAUGUGAGGGAGGGGAGAUAACGGGGAUUUCUUGAAAUUGUUUAGCUUGAAGAUUUGUAUUAUAUAGAGGAAGUAUGAAUAAAACUAUUGAACAUCUAAAUCCAUAGUGCAAUAAAAGCAACACAGUGCACA